AUGAUGAUGAUGAUGAAACCUAGAAGAUCUAUUGAGGUCUCGCCGAUCGAUGUACCAGGAGUGCAGCGGGCAGAAAUGAUGUUGGUGAAACCAAGAAGAUCUAUUGAGGAGUGCAGCGGGCAGUACGAGGAGUGCCGCUGCGCGAACACCACAUGCGCCUGCGGUUUGGGCGGCCGGUGCAUGCCGGACGGCUCGUGCCACGCGGCGGAGUGCGCGACUCUCGGCCUGGCGGAAUGCCGCUGCACUAGCAGGGGCACGGGCGGCGUCAUAGGCGAGCUCAACUGGUGCGGUGUGUGUUGCCAGCUGCGUUACGGGCGCGGCGGCCUCAAGUGUGUGGGCGCCGAGUUCGCGGCGAGGGAGGCCCUCCUCAGCGGGAACUUGCCCGACGAUUGGCCUGACGCGACUUAUAAUGGGCCGAACGUGACGAUGCGGCUGUGCAGCCGCGGCACGUGCCGGGUGAUGUCAGUGCGCGCGUGGCCGCCUGCUGGGCCGUGCGUGUCGCGUAACGCGGUUGGCGUCUGCUCGCCGCGCGGCGUCUGCGAAAACGCCGAGUACACGCCGCGCUCCAACGUUUACCCGGACAUCAUGAUGACUUUGCUU